AUGCCAUCAUUGCUGGACACAUCCCCGCUAGGACUCUCCAAAAUGAGCUACAACCUCUUCCUCCUGGCUUUUGUCCUGGGCAUUGGUGGAACUUUCCAGUGUGGGUUGCAGGUCUCCAUUAUCAAUUCUCCUGCCGAGUACAUCAAAAGUUUCAUCCGGGAGGCCUGGCUGAAGAGAUAUGGAUUUUCUCCCAGUGAAGAGAUAAUUACUUUGAUGUGGUCCUUCGUUGUGUCCAUUUACAGCAUCGGUGGGCUCCUGGGCUCCUUGUCUGCCGGAUAUUUGUCUGUUAGAUUUGGAAGGAAGAAGGUCAUGCUGCUCACCAACAUCCCCGUUCUGUUUAGCGCAGCUCUGAUGGGACUCAGCCGGCUGUCUGGAUCCUUUGAGAUGAUCAUCAUUGGGAGAUUAUUAGCUGGAGUUUGUGGAGGUUUGGGUCUGAAUAUCCACAUCAUGUAUGCUGGGGAAUGUGCCCCGCAGAAGCUGCGUGGGGUGAUUGCCAUAACAGCUUCCACUGCCAUCGCCAUCGGAAAGUUUAUAGGAUUUGUUCUGGGUCUCAGAGAAGUCCUCGGGGUGGAUGCUCUCUGGCCAAUUCUCAUGGCAGCAAACGCGCUUCCUGCCCUCGUUCAGCUUUUCACCCUGCCUUUCUUCCCAGACUCACCCCGCUACCUGCUCAUCGACAAAAAUGACAAGGAGGGGUGCAUCAAAGCUGUGAAGCAGCUCUGGGGAGACGGUGACCACGUGGCCGAAAUAGAUGACAUGACUGCAGAGCAAGAAGCCAUACGUGGGGAGAAGGCUAAGCACGUCUGUGAUCUUUUUCGUGACAAAGCUGUCCGCUGGCAGCUCAUCACUCUCUUCCUUGUCUCCGCAUGCACGCAGUUAAUUGGAGUCAAUGUGGUUUACUUUUAUGCAUACAAUGUCUUCCUACAAGUCGGAAUCUCCCCUGCUCAAACCCGCUACGUCUCCCUGGGAGUUGGGGUCACUGAGAUCCUCACCACGGUUCUGUGUGGCUACCUCGUAGAGCGGACGGGGAGGAAGACACUGCUGUGGAAAAGCUACACAGUGAUGGCAGUGGCUUUAGGGCUUCUCACAGUCAUGCUCACACUACAGGAUUCUUUCUCCUGGGUACCAUAUUGCUCUGUUGUACUCAUCUUUAUCUACAUCAUGAGCUUUGGCAUUGGGCCAGCUGGAGUAUUAUGCCUCCUGCCCACAGAAAUAUUUAUUCAGUCAUACAGACCAGCUGCUUAUGUUUUUAAUGGUGCUUCAAACUGGAUCCAACUCUUCUUCCUUGGCCUUGUGUUCCCUUUCAUUGUGGAAGGCCUUGGUAGUUUCUGUUUCAUCAUUUUCCUGGCAUACUGUCUGUCCAUGGCUAUCUUCGUUUUCCUGGUGGUGCCAGAGACCAAAGGAAAGACGAUGCUGCAGAUCAUGGAGGAGUUCAACCGCCUGAACCACCGUGGGAAGAAGGGACAGCCGGCUGUACCACAGAAUAACUGCUCACUGAUGAUUGUUACUAGACUUUAA